AUUAAAUUAUGUAAGGGUAGGUAUUAUAGAUUAAGUCAUAAGCAGAAUGGAAAAGUCUUGUUCUUGAAAAUCCUAAACCUGUUAUUGUUGAUUUCUAUGCCGAUUGGUAUUAAAAAUAAUUUAAAAGAUUAGGUGUGGUCCUUGCAAAGUGUUGAAACCUAAGCUUCAUAGUCUUCAUGAAUAAAGUUAAGGAAAAUGGGAAUUAGCAGUAGUCAAUGUUGAUAUAGAUGACUUAUAAAAGAUUUCAGGUCAAUAUGCUGUAAGAAAUUUAAAUAACUCUUAGAGCUAAGGAAUCCCAGCUGUUUAUUUAUUUAAUAAGGGAUAAUAAAUCAGCACAUUCUUAGGUAAUAAUGAAGCAAAAGCAAAAGAGAUGGCUUUAAAAGCAGCAACAUUAUGAAUUAUAUGAUAUACAUAUAUUAUAUAUAACAAUGUAAACAU